AUACCGCCUCAUAUAUUUAGGAGAUUAUCGUUACCACAAAUAUCUCACUCAAUCGCAUAUUCUUCACAUAAUGUCCGUAAAAUACCUUUCAUUUUUCAGCGACAUGCAACAAACUCAACGUCAACGACAACGACAAAUAAAGCUCCUAUUUAUAAAUUCAGAAAUUUCAUUGUUGGGACAGCUAGUAUAAUUAGUGCAAUUUUCUUUAUAGAAUAUUAUUUUGAUUCUAGGGCAGCAAUUCAUAAAUAUCUUUUUAUGCCGUUGUUGAGAAAUAUAACCACUCCUGAGUCAAGUCAUAAAUUUGCUAUAUGGGUUUUUAAAUGGGGAUUAAAUGCUAAAGAUAGAUUGCCUGAUGAUGAACAACUUUCUGUUGAGGUAUGGGGUAAAAAAGUAUCUAAUCCGAUAUGUCUAGCAGCAGGAUUUGAUAAACAUGGGGAAGCCAUUGAUGGCUUAUUUGAUGUAGGGUUUGGAUAUGUUGAAGUAGGAAGUAUAACUCCUGAACCUCAGCCUGGAAAUUCAAAACCACGAAUGUUCCGUCUCCCUAAAGAUAAGGCUGUAAUAAAUCGUUACGGUUUCAAUUCUGAUGGUCACAAGCAAGUAGAAUUACGAUUACGUGAUCGUGUAAGAAGAUAUCUUUUUCAUUCAGCAAAACUCCAUCCUAAUAUAACAGCAGCAUUACUUGCCUCAUCACCAGAUGAGGUGUCAUUGUCUGAUGCAUUAGGAAUAAAUAGAAGUUUAAGAGAAGAUAAAUUAUUGGGAAUUAAUUUAGGAAAAAAUAAAUGGCGUAGCGCUGAAGACGUCCAAGAUUUUGUUAAAGGAAUAAAAACUUUUGGAGGUUAUGCUGAUGUGUUAGUGGUGAACAUCAGUAGCCCUAAUACUCCUGGAUUAAGAGGAUUACAAAGAAAAGAAAUUUUUGAGAAAUUGUUAAAAGAGGUUACAAAGGCACGUAAUUCAUUACAUGAACCACGUCCAGCUUUGUUGGUUAAAAUUGCACCUGAUCUUUCCGAUAAUGAAUUGGAAGAUAUUGCAGAUACAGCUUUGAACAGUGGCGUGGAUGGAAUUAUUGUGUCUAAUACUACUAUAUCAAGACCAGAUACAUUACAAAGCGUUGCCUCUUUAAUAUCUGAAACAGGAGGCUUAUCAGGACCGCCGGUUAAACCGUUAGCAUUAAAAGCAUUACGUAAAAUAUAUCAACAUACAAAUGGAAAACUCUUAUUGGUUGGAUGUGGAGGAAUUUCAAACGCUAAAGAUGCAAUUGAAUAUGCAAAAGCUGGUGCUACUUUAGUGCAAUUAUAUACUAGUUUUGGAUAUGAUGGUGUUGGUAAGCCAAGAGAGCUUAAGGAUGACAUUCUUAGGGAACUAAAAGACAAGAAAUGGUCUGAUAUUAUCGGUGAACAAUAGAGAUGAGAACAAGUUAUGAUAAGCUAAAUAGCAAAUGUUUACUGAUAAUUCAUGUGAA